UGUCAAAGCGCUGGUGUCUGCAUGAGGAUCCAGGCUCAGUUGUCUGCACGCAAUGUUGACAAUUCAUGAGUUUUACGAUUUGAGAAUUUCAAAGAGGAGUAAAAUCUUGGAAUAUAAUCGAUUGAAAUAUCGCAACGUCGACAAGAACCGUAGCAUGUAUCGGUUGAGAAAAUAUUUUUGUUGAAAUCAUCGUGGAAGAGUUUGAACCAUAUCAUCAAUCAUGACCAAUAGAAAGAGACAUCGCAAUAUAGAAGAAGAGUCUAGCGAAUUUAUGCCAUUGAGUAAACGAAUUAAUAAUCUUCAUAUUAAUGGCUUAUCUGGUUUGCAAGAGAACACAAUAGAGAAUGUAGUGGAGAGCAUGGAGACUGAUUGGGAAAGUGGAAAUUUCGUAUCUUCUCCAAGCUGCUCAGAGAUGUCUCAGAAUUCAUCACCUGGAGGUAGCUGUGGUUCUAGCCAAAGCAAUUUUACCAGUGAUUACAGGCCAGAUUUAGAUGCAACGGAGAAUCCUUUUUAUUAUGAGAGCAAUAAACUACUUUUUUCCUUAUACAUGGAACGUAUGCAGAGGAGACCGGAUCUGUAUUGAUAGAUGCAUGUUUUUGUUCUGCUUUUUCUGAAACAUCUCGAGAUUCUGCCAUUAUCAUUCUCAUAUAUGACAUUUUUGAUAGGUUUCGAUUCUCUUUGCCAUUAUAAUCGAGUCAUGGCAAAUAAAUUUGGCAAAAUGGAGCAACAAAAUUGAUAUAUAAAAUUUUUGUAAAAGGCAGCAUUUUAUAAUAGAAGUAAGAUUUGAUAAUGUACAAUUGUUAGAAUAAGUAUCGUUUGUUUUUAUUAGUGCAUAAAAUUGUAUGUAAGUGAAAGUAUGUGCGUUAUUAAUAUGAUAGCGGUAGAUGCGGUAAUGACGUUGUUUUAUUUAAAUUAUGUUAUAAUUUUUUUCUGUACGUCUUAUUAAAGGCUAGGUUUAUGUUAUGUUCGGCGAACGGUAAUUUGUAACGGCUAAGUAAUUCGUCUGAAGGUCUAGCAGUAAAAAUUAAUAAUAAGUCCGCUCACUGAUCGCUUGUUUCGCUGAACGUAAUUAUUGAAAUAUACCUUGUUGGCAUGUACGCA